AGAAUCUACCGGAGCGGAAGCAGCUGCGAGCGCCACACAAACACGAAUAAUCGCAAGAAGAAAGAAAACACAGUAACGUAAACCAGCAAACCUCGACUGUUCGAGGAACUGCAUUAAGCAAAGUGGCCGACAGAAGCUGUUGCGAUCAACGCCGUAGCCGCUGCUCGUCGCUCCACAAAACCCACACGCACGAGAAAUCCAACUAUUAUUAUUUCUCUUCCCAUCGCCGUUAAGUGCCCUUCGUCAUCACCGAUCCCACAACCAACAAAUCAAAGGCGACCAGAACAAACUCACGUGCAUUUCACUUCUUACCUCCCGCCAAAGUGGCUUUCUUCUUUUUCUCCUUUUCUCUCUUUCUCUCUGUUAUCUUCAAUACAUCGGCGGUUGCGCACCUCAUCCAGUCUUCACCAUGCGUUGCGCUCGUCUGCUGUGUGCCCGCAAGGACAUCAUCGAGCUGCUGGUGCGGCAGGGCCGCCUGUCCGACAUCCAAAUGCUGAACUUCUUCUCCAUCCAACUCGAUCGUGAGCUGAGUGCCGCGGCGAGAAAGGGAACUGCGGAGGCGGAUGCCACCGCUGCCGCUGCCGCUGCUGCAAUGAAGAAGAAGGUCGCGACUGCUGUUGCUCCUCAUCCUCCACUUCCUCCUACUGACGUCUCGCCAAAGAUGGAGGAUGGAAAGGCCACCGCGACGGCCACACCAGCCGCUGCGGAGACGGUGUCCGCCGCCGUAAAGCCGGACGCCGCCGACGAUGCCGCCGCGGCGCAGAAGGUGGCGGAGGCAGCCAAGGCAGCCGCAAAGGCCGCCCAGCUGGCGCAGAGCCGCGAGGCGAAAAAGAAGGCGUGGACGGCCUUCCACCAGCGCAGCACCGCCGUGCGUCAACUCGCGACCACAGAGAGCCCCAUCGCGUGGCUGGGCGAGGUGUACGGGAAGGGAGAUGAGUGGUCCUCCUCCUUCCUGAGCUCCAUGAACGCCGUGGCGACGCAGGCGAGUCAGCAGGAGCCGACGAAGCUGCGUGCGACGGGUCUGGCCAUUGCCGUCGGCAGCGGGGAGGCCUUGAAGGACGGCGCUGCUGCAGCCGCUGCUGGCGGUCGCACGCCUCUCACCAGCGCGCGUCUGCCAAAGUCGAUUCGUGUGGUGCUGCGUCUUGAAGAGGAGGGGGAGAUGAAGGAGGCGGCAGCAGGCGCAGAGGGCAAAGUACACCCGACCGGUGCUGCUGUUGCUGCUGCUGCUGCGACCCCGACGUACGUGACCGCCUCGGUGCGUCUGGAUCAGCCAGGGGUGGUGGACAAGAAACUCGUGAACGGCAUGCUUCGCGUGCGUCUCGAUGGCGCAGAGGCCAUCCGCAACGAGGCCCUCUCCGCGCGGCAAGUCGCCGGCUACCAGCACGUCUUGACGGCGACCGCCUACAGCGCGAUUCUACGCAAGGUGGAGGAGGUAUGUGCGCUGCACGCCACCAACACCGUCCGCUACGAUGCUCUGCUUCUCCGCAACCCGGCGGUGCAGAUGCGGCUGGCGCAGCUGGCGUGCUUCCGCUACGGCAUUGACUGUCUGACCGACUACGUGGUGGGCGACCCUGAGGUGGAGGAGGGCGAGGAGGCCGAGGAGUUCUUUAGCAGCUUCUCUGCGCUGCUGCAGAUGCCGCUGAUCGAGUCGAUGGCGCUGAACAUCUACGCCGAGCGCGCUCUGAUGGACAGCGUGGACGGGAUGUGGGAGAUGGUGCGUGACACCCCGCUUGUGAAGGCCGUCCCGCACCGCAGCAACCCGGAGAAGAUGAUCGACUACCCUUACCUCGCCCAGCUGCUGAACUCCUCCAAGUACGUGCUGACGGCGUCGGACGGGUCGAUGGAGGAGCAGGCACUGGCCUUCUUGUCUCCGCUUCUCUCGCACGGCGGCGCCUUCGGCAGCGGUGGCAGCGGCGGUGGCCUCACGAACCUGUUGCAGGGCCUCGCAGGGUUGACCAGGGGCCACAGCUACGGCGGUGUGCGCCUGGCAGCCCCACAUGUGAACCUUGCCGGGAUGGCGCGGCAGCUGGAGCACGAUGUGGCCCGGCUCCUCCACAUGAUCAGCACGGCCAAGGACAAGACGGAGCCGAUGUUCGUGAUUUGUGUCGCGCAGUACAUCUCCGAGGUGCUGGCGAACCUCGCCGUGAUUUACCGCUGCACCGCCGCGCUGAACGUGGAUGAGGACGGCAGGGGGCAUCGUGAGUGGCUCCUCGCCCAGGCCUUUGGCGGCUCGUCUGCCGUGCGCCGCCAGCGGCUGUUGGAUGACUACAGCAUGUCGUGCUCUGCGGCUAAGGUGCUGCGGAAGAGCAAAGACCUCGACAACUACUCGACACACCCAGUGGAGUUGAUGAAUGCGUCGCCGCGGAACGGCAAGGCAGCCGCUGCGGCGACGCACGAGAAGCCCGUAGAUAACAAGGCGCAAAAGUGA